GAGAGAGAGAGAGAGAGAGAGAGAGAGAGAGAGAGCAUGGAGAAGAAGAUGGUAAUCAAGGUUCAUAUCACUAGCCAAUGUUGUAAGAAGAAGCUUCUUCAAGUUGUCUCUAAGCUACAAGGUAUAGAUAAGAUGGAAAUUGAUUCUGAGAAGAACACGAUGACGGUCAUCGGUACUGCUGACCCAAUGGACGUGAUCAAACGAUUGAGAAAAGUUUGCAAAUCCGCUGAAAUUGUAACCAUUGGUCCACCUGCACAGCCUAAACCUGCAGAACCUCCGAAGCCUAAACCUGCAGAGCCUUCGAAGCCUAAACCUGCAGAGCCUUCGAAGCCAGCUCCAUGCCCUUCGUAUCCUCCAGUUUGUUUCUCAGGAUGCCCUUGGAACUGCACAGCUUGUGUGCCUCCAAGGUACAUCGCGUGCCAUGAGGAAACUCCACAGUUUUGCACACUCAUGUAAAAUUGGUGCAAAAACUUCUUUAGAUUUUGUUUCUUCGAUAUAAGUGAUGUUCACAUGCCUAUGUCACACGAGAU